ACAAAAGAGGAAGAAGGUUGUCGUUCGAUAAUCGUUCUAACUUUAGCGUCGUGUUGAUUGUGGAUGAUAGAACUGGACUUGAAAACACAAUUAAGCGAAGGUCAAGCAACUUGACUUGUGUUUCGCGGAUAUUGGACCUCGAAAACAAGAUCUAAGUUUCUUUGAAAUGAGCGAGUUGUGUCGUCGUGGUUCAUGUAGCUUCUGAAGCUAACGCUAGCUAGUUGAAGAGUGAACGCUAGCUACAUUUUCCUUCCUAUUCCAGCUAAGUAAGACUGUAAGCGAAUAAACCUUCGCGGAAUUUGGACCUUGUAGUUGUAAUCAGCGGAGGGAGCAAUGGGCUCUUCUAAAAAACACAAGGAAAAGAGCCGCGACAAGGACGCAGAGGAGCGCCGUCGCGAACAUAAGAAACAUCGCCACAAGGACAGAGAUGCUUCAGAUCGGGAAAAAGACAGGCGAAAGCGUUCCAGAUCCAGGGAAAAGAGCAGACGAGAGAGCCACAGCAAGGCUGAAAGGGGAAGCGGGGAGCCAAGAGUAAAGAGGGAGAAGGUUGAUCCUGGAUAUGAGGAGAGCAACGCGGAGAUACAGCCUCAGAGCGCCAGCGGAGAUGCGUCUCUCAGCAUCGAGGAAACAAACAAACUCCGUGCAAAGCUGGGCCUGAAGCCCCUGGAGAUGAACGAGGGCAAGAAGGAGCUGGGGACCAAGGAGGACCCAGUAGUGGCCGAGACCAUCAACCCUGUUAUGAUCCAAAAGCAGAAGGAGAUGAGAGAGAAGCUCGCUGCUAUGAAAGAAAAGCGCCUGCUCAAUCAAAAGUUGGGUAAAGUCAAAGCAAUCGGUGAUGAUGACUGGUUGGAUAACACGGCCGCUUGGGUGGAGAGAAGUAGAAAGCUGGCCAAAGAGAAGGAGAUGGCAGAGAAGAGAGCCAAACUUCUGGAGGAGAUGGAUGAAGAGUUUGGAGUCAGCAGCUUGGUGGAAGAAGAGUUUGUUCAAAGCAAACGAGACUCUUAUUCAUCACAGGAUCUGAAGGGUCUCAAAGUGCAGCACAAGGUGGAUUCAUUCACGGAGGGCCAGACUGUUAUCCUGACCCUGCAAGACAAAGGUGUGCUGGAAGAGGAGGAAGAUGUGCUCGUAAAUGUGGGAAUAGUGGACAAGGAGAAAGCUGAAAAGAACGUGGAGUUAAAAAAGAAGAAGCCUGACUAUAAGCCCUAUGAGGAAGAGGAGAGUGUGGAUGACAUGGUUAACUUCAAGCCCCACACUGUGCUCUCAAAGUAUGAUGAAGAAAUCGAAGGUGAGAAGAAAAAGAGCUUCCGGUUGGGCACGUGGGGCUUCGCUGAUGGGGAGCGAGAGCGUGAGCUUCAAGCAAUGAAAGAAACGCUGCGAAAUCAGGCUCAGUCCCUGGAAAUGCCCGCUCUUACCAUUGCUUCAGAAUACUACACACCUCAAGAAAUGGUAGGCUUUAAAAAGACAAAGUGCAAGGUCAAGAAGAUCAGGAAGAAGGAGAAGCUGACGAUUGCAGAUGAACUUCUCGAUGACACCCGCACCUCCGAUUUUGGCUCGAGGGUACGAGGCAGAGGCCGCAAACAGGCGGAGGAGGAGGAACAGGAGAAUGAAGAGAAAUCUAAAGAUGGUGGCGGGUGGCCGCAUGAAACUCCCCAAAUGUCAGAUGACAUCAGGAUGGCAGAGAUGGAUAUAAGUGACGAAGACGAUUACAUUCCUCCUGAGCCAGCUGUGAUUGAGGAGGAUGAGGCAGAGCAGGAGCUACAAAAACAGCUGGAGAAGCAGAGGAAGCUGAGGCAGAAACGGCUUCUCAAAGACUCUGGGGAGAAGGUGGCAGAGCAGAUUAAAGUGUUGGCUAAAGGCAAUUACGACAAUGAUGCCGAGAAGAAGAACAACAUUGUCUUCAAUGCCACUUCAGAGUUUUGCAGAACUCUGGGGGAUAUUCCAACCUAUGGACUAUCUGGCAACAGGGAGGACCAGGAGGAUAUCAUGGAUUUUGAGCAUGAAGAAGAGAAAGAUGAUGGUGGAGGUUCAGACUCUGAAAUUGAUGAGAAUAUUGGAUGGAGCACAGUUAACCUGGAUGAAGAGCAACAACAGGCUGAUUUCUCCACAGCUUCAGCCACCAUUCUGGACGAGGAGCCCAUUGUCAACUCCGGCCUUGCAGCUGCAUUAAAGCUGUGCACAAACAAAGGCCUAUUGGACACUCAGAUGCAGAAGGUGGCUCGUGUCAAAGCGCCAAAGGUGGGCCUGCCUAACGACAACUACUGCAUUGAGGACAAGAUGGGCUUUGAUGACAAGUACAGCCGCAGAGAAGAAUACAGAGGCUUCACGCAGGAAUUCAAGGAGAAGGGUAGCUAUAAGCCUGACGUCAAGAUCGAGUAUGUGGACGAAUCCGGGCGGAAACUCACUCCAAAGGAAGCUUUCAGACAGCUUUCACACCGAUUCCAUGGGAAAGGGUCUGGAAAGAUGAAGACGGAGAAGAGGAUGAAAAAGCUGGAAGAAGAGGCGCUGCUGAAGAAGAUGAGCAGCAGCGAUACUCCUCUUGGGACGGUGGCUUUGCUUCAGGAGAAACAGAAAUCUCAGAAAACACCAUACAUCGUGCUUAGUGGGAGUGGGAAGAGCAUGAAUGCAAACAACAUCACAAAAUAAGUUCCUGGGCUGUUGUGUAGCAUAGAAACCCGAAAUGCACACAGACGUAGGCAAAUAUCUUUUUAGACAAUGCCUUUCUUUUUUUUGUCCUAGCUGGUAAAAGUUUAAUUGUUGAUUUAAAAAGAAAUGUUCAAUAAAAUGAGUGCAAAUAUAUAACUGUUUUAUUUGAGUUGUGAAUUUUAUGAAGUGAACAUUAUUUUCAAUUGCAAGAUACAGUCAGUGGUAUCAUUCUGAUCCUGAAUAUUCAAAUGAGAAAAAUGCAACAGAAAUUCAAAUAUGUUUAAAACAAAGUUUGGUAAAAUUGUAAAACUUGUCUCGUUGGUUUAACUUUUAAUUAUCUAGACAAAUUUGAAAUUUCUUUUUUUAAAUGUUUUUAUGUUGUGGUCUGUUAGAUGGGAAAUGAUUGAAAAAAAAACUUGAGUACAGGAGCACAUUUUUUCUUGACACAAUUUGUUAAAGGGCUACAAAGUUUUACAAAAAUGAUAAACAUUAAAGGCAUUUCAAAAAGUA